GCAAAACUGGUGCCUCUCCUUUCAACCUAACCAUUAGCAAUUUUUUUGUUACUUUUCCCCCCACCCCCCAGAUACUUUGGGCACUUAUUUCCGUUACUUUGUGUUAAUUCAAGCACUGAUUCUGAGUUCCUGUUGCACAUAAAACCCCUCAUAAAACUCAAUGGAAAUUUAGGACUGCUACCUCUAAGCUUAGCUCAAAAUAAGAAAAAAUAGCAGAAUUUUUUUCUGUCCAAUCCUGCAACUUCAUUUGAAACUCCUAGGAGCUAUGACGUGUGUUCUCCACAAAUAUAGGUUGCUCUCACGAAUUUUUCUUCCUGGGAAAACUGCUUUUAAACGUGAAUAUAAAAUCACAGGGGAGUUUAGGUUCUGAAGGGACUUAAGUAAUCAGUCCCACAGGACUUAGCUCAGCUUCCAGCUACAAAAAUAUUCCAUCUGCAGAAGAAAUUAGUCCUUUCUUAUGAGUUUGAAGCGUUUUUCCCCCUCAUUUCCAGCUGUUUUUCCUUCCAUUUCAGGAAGGGCUGUGCGUAUUUAGCGGAGGGCCCUCAGGUGCUCGCCCUGAGGGGACGCCCUGGAACCCUCGGGGGACUCACCGCCCUUACACCCCGCUCCUAAAUGCGCCGGGAGCUUCGCCUGGACACACGCUGAAUUACAUUAAACUGAACUGAAUUAAACUAAAUUCAUUUAAAUUAAAUUAAACCCGGGUCCCUUCCCGCCGUGGUGCGGGUGCCUCUCCUCGCGAGAGGUCGCCCCCGGCAACGCCGCGGCCAUGGCGGAGGAGGCGGCGGUCUCUGAGGCGGCGUUCAGGCUGCAGAAAAUUACCAUAACAGAAGACUUUGAAGAUGAUGAGCAGCAAGAAGAGGUUUCAACAGAUGAUGAGUUCAGUCUUCAGGAAGAUGAUGAGGAUCUGUCCAAAGCUUUGCAGACUAUUCAAGAGCAGACUGAAGAUGCCCAAAUUUCAGCUUUACAGUCGGUUCUGACUCCUGAGAAAUCAAUAUCAGAAAUACCUCAAGCAAUGGAUGACUUCUUCUGCAAUUUCCUGGUCAGAUUGGGAAUGUCUAGAACCCUUGACUGCUUCCAGACUGAAUGGUAUGAACUGAUUGAGAAGGGUGUGCUCACAGUUGGGGAUGCUGGGCUGGUUCCAAACGUGUACACCCGCAACCAGCAACUCGAGACUGAGAAUCAGAGCUUGAAGAAAGAUCUGGAAAACUACAAACACUCUGUCAUUAAAACAGAAGAGGCUCUCCUAAAAAUGCAGAAAGAACGAGACUUCCAUCGAAUGCAUCAUAAGCGAGUGGUCCAGGAGAAAAACAAGCUGAUUUGUGAAAUGAAAAGGCUGAAGGCACAUUAUGCAUCCUAUGAACCAGUGCUGAAGCAGCUGUCAGAAAAAUACCAGAAUUCCCUGACACAGAGAAUGUUAACCAGUUUGGAGAGAGACAAAGCAUUGGGGCAGGUUACAGGUUUGCAGGCUGCGUUAGAAAAUUUAGAGUCCGGAUAUACUAAGCAGAUCCCUGAGACAAAAGUAGGCCAUGAUUGUACAAGGAAGAAAGAGUUUGAAGGUCCCACCCAGAAAGCUCUUCGGGAAGCCAGGCAGCAAAAAUUCCUUGUUGUUGCAAGCUCUUCCUGUGAUCCAGAUGAAGAUGCAGAGAAGAAAAUGGGCAGGAGAGACCUAAAGGAUUCAGAGUUCCCUGUUGAUCAUGAAGGGACCCCAUUCUUUGAGCAUGCCAAAGAACACACUCAGCCCCUGAAAUCUGGACAGUAUCAACUGAGCAGCAUUUUGAAGGUGCACGACUUCGCAGUGAGCUGCUUGGCUUUACACCCCCGAAAAAACAUCGUGCUGAGCGGCGGCGAUGACCGCCUGUGGAAGACGUGGGGCUUCCCUGAUGGGAACAUCCUCCUGACAGGGGAAGGACACACGGAUUGGAUCUCAGGAUGCUGCUUCAGGCCCAGUGGCACCCAGCUGGUGACGUCGAGUGGUGACACCACAGUGCGGAUCUGGGACCUGUCGAGGCGCGGCUGCAUCCUGACCCUGCGGGGCCAUUCCCGCGCCGUGCGCGCCUGCUCCUGGCACUCCUGCGGGGACUUCGUGGCCUCUGCCUCCAUGGAUGGCACCAGCAAGGUCUGGGAUGUUAACAGUGAGAGGUGCAGGUACACCCUGCGUGGCCAUGAGGACUCAGUCAACAGCAUCGAGUUCCUGCCCUUCUCCAGCACCGCUCUCACCAGCUCUGCUGACAAGACCUUGUCUCUCUGGGAUGUCAGAACGGGUCUCCGUGUUUACACAUUCCAGGGUCAUGUGCAUUCCUGUAAUCACGCUACAUUCAACAAGAAGGGGGAUGUCAUUGCUUCCUGUGACUCCUCGGGGGUGAUGAAGCUCUGGGACAUGCGGAAGUUGCUCCCUAUGCUAUCCAUCGACGCAGGUCCCCAUCCUGCCAACCAGGUCGCCUUUCAUCGCUCUGGUGGCCUGGUGGCUCUGGCCAGCGGCGAGGGCUCGGUGAAGGUUCUGUGUCUGCCCGUGGGCCAGCUGUCCGUCCUGCACGGCCCCGGGGUCGAGGUGCGCUGCGUGCGCUUCCACGGCCAGGACCAUCUGCUGUCAGCGGGCAUCGAUGGCAGGGUUUGCCUCUGGACAUGGGCACAGUGACACAUGGAGUGGCCCUCAUCGCCUCCCACAAGAGCGCUCUGACAACCGGCUUAGAGCUGAAUUCAUACUUCGUGUUUGCGCUAUUCGGGGAAUAUUCGCCCAAACGGAGCAUUAUUUGGCAUUUUAUCCAAAUAAACCCCUCGAUUUCUCCCUCUU